AUGAUCUUCCCUAACCUUGCUAUUCAAUUGUCGGUCUCUUCUGCGAUGUUGCUUGUCACAGCUUGUCCUGCACCUACUCACUAUGUCAAUGAUUCCCCCGCAUUGUCUCUGCAGCACAUCCCGACUGCCGACCUGGCCACAGAGCUAUAUGCACGGUCCUAUAAUGAGGAAGAAUUUGAGCCCGUGCUUGCCGCUAGACAUGACCAUAUUAAAUAUGAAUUCCGGAGAGGUACCCCGGUCAAAACCAAAGACGGGAAGAAGCAUGGAACUGUUCUAGGUCCAGAGAAGAAGCCGGCGUAUAAAAGGGUUGAAUGGAAGAACCCCGAAAAACCUGGCGCCGUGGAAGUCGAGGACGUUCCUGCCAAAUAUUUGGUUGAAGGAUAA